AGUUUGGUGACAUGAUUGGAUGCCUUACGGAUCGGUCAUACCUCACCUCCUUUACUGACUACGACGGGUACGGUUGCUGGUGCGGACUCGGUGGGAAAGGCACUCCGCGAGAUGGAACUGACCAGUGCUGUAAGAUUCACGACAAAUGCUACGAAGCUGCCGAUGGGCUCUGUCCAUUCUCAUACUACAAGUACAUUGUUUUGUACAUUUCAUCCACAUAUGACUGCGACACACCGAAUGCCCGUGCUACAUGUAUGAAAGCCGAAGACUAUUCAAGUUCCCGUUGGUGGACUAAAUGCUCCGAAGCCAUUUGUGAAUGCGACCGUGCCGCGGCAGAGUGCUUCGCCGCAAGUGCCUUCGACGAGACCUACAAAAACUGGGACAAGGACAGCUGUUAGGUGGGUCUAUCUCACCCAAACGACUCUCUAUGAUUUUCAGUCGAUCAUUA